AUGGACCUCGACUUCGAUGUCUUGAACGGGUACUGGCAAGCGCGAUGGGAACGAUAUUGCCAGCUUUCUGCUGCUGCCCUGAUUCUGUAUGAGUAUCUGCUCCAGUUCUCGGUCGAAGUCGAGCUGUUCUGGAAGAAAAGAUGGUCAUUGGGGAAGGCUAUCUUCCUGUGGAGUCGGGUCUACAGCCUUGGCUUCAACAUCGGGAACGCCAGCGUGUUCAUGCAAGAACAUGCCACGUACGACUUAUGCAACCGUUUCUUUCACUGGCAGAACACCGGAGCGUCCCUGCAAGUUGUCACGACGCAUAUCAUCCUCGAGAUGCGGCUAUAUGCAAUGUACCGGUCAUCACAUUACAUCCUUGCCUUACUCGUCUUCCUCGAGACAUGCGAAGUGAUCGCAAUCGGCGUCAUAUUCGGCACGACGAAGCCAGGUCAAGUCGGUGAAAACAACCCUUUCCCUGGCCUCCGUAUCUGUGCGGAUGCGGACCCACCUCAUCUGCAUUGGAUCGCAUUCUACUGGACUGCGAUACUGUCCAUUGAGGCGAUUUUGAUGGGCCUAGCCAUGUAUAAGGCGUAUGAAAACUACAAAACUGGCAUAGGAGGCCCGCUUAUGCGGUCGCUCAGCCGGGAGAGUGUACUGUACUUUAUGGGUAUAUUCGGGAUCUACCUUCUGAACCAAAUCUUAUGGUGGAUCAAUCGGAUCACGUUGAACGAAUUGGCGACGGGGUUCAGCUUCGCUGUCUCUGCAGUGUUUGCUAACCGGCUCAUGAUCAGUGUGCGGCAGCAUUACUACAACUCUGAGAUGGAAGAAGACAGAACGCAAAUGACCACCUUGCGGUUCGGACGAGGACAAGCAGGGACGAUGCAUACGUCCGGUGGGAGCGAUGGGAGCGCAACCCUUGCUGAGGGUCCGGUUCUCGUUCUCUCUGCAGCACCAAAGCUUCAGGACAACGCCACUGCUGAAGCGCAGGAUCGGCCCAUACUCAUACACGAUAACGAGGCGGGUGCCGAAGACCACCAAGCUGGGGCGUUUCAUCCCUUCGACCCGGAGCCCGUCAAGUUGAGCUCGGUAGACUUCGACGAGAGGAUGGGUUUCUGA